UCUCACUCUCUCUCGAGCCACUCAGAAGUCAGAAGGUAUACAACUUCGUGUUCUAUGGAAUUUCUUCUCCAAUUUUUCUUCGAAAUGAAGUUACUGGCUAGUUCCUUGCUUUCUAUGACUUUGUAUUGUGCAAUUUUUAGGGUUUGAAGCGAUAAUUUGAUCGAGGAGCAAACUAUCAAGGUUUAGCGGAGAAAUCUUUCAGUUUGGGAUCCGAUAACAUUAUAUUUUCCUGGGAAUUUGACCUGCCGUAGCUGUGUGACCUCGUACUGAAACUGUUGAUUUCUGGUUGUGAUGUCCAAAAUAUGUCGAAUUAAGGACUACUGUUGAAGGUUGAGAUGAGAUGCAAUGCGUGCUGGAGAGAGUUGGAAGGGCGGGCCAUUUCGACAACCUGUGGUCACCUCUUAUGCACUGAAGAUGCCAGCAAGAUUCUCAACGAUGCUGCACCGUGUCCAAUUUGUGACCAAGUGCUUUCCAAGAGCCUCAUGAAACCCGUGGACAUCAAUCCAAAUGAUGAAUGGAUAAAUAUGGUCAUGGCUGGAGUAUCUCCACAAAUAUUGAUGAAAAGUGCAUACAGAAGUGUGAUGUUUUAUAUUGGGCAAAAGGAACUAGAGAUGCAAUAUAAGAUGAACAGAAUUGUCACUCAGUGCCGUCACAAAUGCGAGGUAAUGCACGAGAAGUUCACAGAAAAACUAGAGCAGGUGCAUACUGCAUAUCAGAAAAUGGGCAAAAGAUGUCAGAUGAUGGAACAAGAGAUCGAGAGUUUGUCAAAGGAUAAGCAGGAGCUCCAAGAUAAGUUCGCAGAGAAGUCCAGGCAGAAGAGAAAACUAGACGAAAUGUAUGACCAAUUGAGGAGUGAGUUUGAGUCAAUAAAAAGAUCAGCAAUCCAGCAUUCAGGCAAUUUCUAUACCACAAAUGAUUCUGAUUUUUUUGCAAACCCAGCUCCUGUUGUGAUGGAUAGCAGAGACCCUAUACGGAAAGAUUGGUCGGUUUUCUCUCCUCAAACGCCAGGACCCAGAGAGGAUGUAUGGCCAGCAAGGCAGAACAGUUCCAAUUCUGGUCCAUUUGACAUCUUUGCUGGCUCUCCAGUAAAACAAUCAGCCAUUCCAAUGGAUACAGGAAACAGAAGGGCUGGUGCUCCUGCUUUUGGAGCUGGAGCUGGUGCUGGUAACCCCUCAAUGACCUUGAGAAACUUGAUACUCUCCCCAAUCAAGAGGCCUCAACUGUCUCGUAAUCGAGCUCAAAUGUUCACGCUGUAGCUUAGAGAUCGACCUUUUUGGUUUGCUGGAGUACUCAUGCUGGACCUUAACUAUUGCUUUUCAUUUUAAGGUCAUUUGUUUUCUUUUAAAAAGGAAAGAUAAAGUUAGAAAUAGACAAAGAAGAGGGAUGAAUGGAGAUGACAAACGGUGCAAAUUUCUUGCCAUAGCAGACUUUCUGAGUUGUUUUUCUCUGUAGAAAACGUACAUUGACAAAAUAUGUCUAGUAAUGGACAAUGUCAUCGAAUAUGUACUUAUGAUUUUCUGUUUUGUAGUUAGAAGAGGAUGCAUCUAACGCUUAUUGGCUA